UUCGCUGGGCGCUUGGGUGUCGUCUGACAGCUGAUUUUAAACGGGGAGGGUGACAUAUGAAAACGGCUUUCAGGUUUUAAUAUUGAUGCAGAGCAUCAAGGAGACAUCCAGAUAAGCGACCUUCUCCAGGGGAACCGUACUGCGCACCUACCGUCAUUAUGUCAAAAGAGCAGAGCGCAAAUAUCAAUGGGACUCCAGUCGCAAUAAAACCGCAGACAGAGCCAACAGCGGUGACUGACAAAGUGGAGAAGACGAUCGCCGAGGCUGAGCAAAACCUGGCAACAGAUUUGAGUUUAAUUAAUGAAGGAAAGGAUCCACAAUACCAGGAUGACAGCAAGGAAAAGAUUCUGGAAUCUCUUGAGCUGCUGAAGAACCUAAAAAACGUUAUCGGCGACCUCAAGCACCCUCAAGCAGAAACAAUCAAGAAAGAUAUCAUACAGCUGGAAGAGAGAGUGAGGAAACUUCAGAUGGACCAUGAGAGAAUGUAUAAGUCAAGGUGUUUAGAAAGACCCUGCAGUGAUGACUGGGGGAAAAUCAUUGAGGAGAAACAGGUAAGUCUGAGCAGCAGCAAAUUUGGGCCUGACUUAAAAAACAUGGAAAGCCAGAUGAAAGAACACAUCGCCUUCCACGAUGAAAUUGAAGCGUGGGGACCUCUUAUAGCUCAGGAAAAUGACACGGGCAAAUUCACUGACCUACAGCUGAAAUACGAUAAGCUUCUGGUCAGCUCAUGUGCACGACACCAGCACCUGUUCACCUUGCGGGACUACAUGGUCCGCUGCACCGUCGAGCUCUUCUGGAUGGAGCAGCAGGCGGAGGAGCGAAUCAGCAACGACUGGAGUGAUGCCAGCUUGGAUUACCCAUCCCGGCAGAAACAAUACGAGAAGUUCAUCAGCAAGUGUCUUGAAUCAAAGGAGAUCACUGUUUCCAAACUGAUUGAUGACGGUGAAGCACUCAAAGCUGAUAAUCACCCGGCUGUAAACGUCAUUGAGGCACACAUGGAAGCGGUACUGGCAGAGUGGAAGGACUUCCGUGGUCUGCUUACCUGCGAGGAAAAGCACUUGAGGAACAUGGAGGAUUAUCACAGAUUUCAUAGGGAAGCACGGGACGUCCGGGACCUGUUACAAAGGAUCGACAAAGAGCUGAGCAGCAGAUACAACCCUGAGUUCAAGGACGCAUACCAGAUAGAGCUUCUCAUCUCAGACCUCGACGACUUGGUGGGAGCUAUGGACCAGCAUGAGAAGCGGGUGGAGGUCCUGCAGGCGCAGAGUCAGAAUGUGCAUCCCCUGAAGGUCCGCAGGAAGAUGCCCAUGGAGCUCCCCCUGGUGGAGGCCCUGUGCAACUUCCACACAGACCAGGGAUCAAUAACCCAAGGUAAGACAUACACCCUUCUUAGCAUCGGCAGACGGAAGUGGAAAGUGCUGGACCUCGCAGGCUGCCACCUGUCCGCCCCGGCGGUGUGCUUCCUCGUCCCUCCCACCGACCCGGAGACCAUUGCUCUUUCCCAGAGCAUAGCUAGCCUGAAGAGUGAUAUCAGAGAAAAUAUUUCUAGAAGCAAGGAUAUACUACAAAAGAAGUUAGAAGAAGUUAAGAAAGAAAAGCCGGGCCUUUCUGAAGCCAGUCAAGAGCAGCUUUGCCUUCGGUUGAUGGCCAAUCUGGAGAAAAUCACUAAUGAUCUCAACAAACAGGAAGAGGGCAUCUACACCGUUUUGAGACCCCCACUGCAGCAGAAUGAUCCAUUCCAGGACAGUACAAAUCGGAUCAGAGUCCUCAAGGACACGGAGGCUUGCAUUAAGAAAAUCGAGCUUAAGAAGAAGUCCAAAGUCCAAGAGGCGGAGAGGCUCCUAAAUUCUCACCCAAAGUGCGCCGGUGCCUCUCAGCUCUUCGCAAAAGUGAACGAAGCCAACGAUAAAUGCAACAAGGUCAACGCACUGCUGAAAUGUGCAGAGGACAAGUUUAUGAACUCCAGCAGACUAGAAAGCUCUUUGAGCACCAUAGGGGAGCUACUGAACACUUAUGAAAUGACUCUGGCGGAGGAGCAAGUUAUGCCGGCGGACCUGUCUUCCCUUGAAAGACUGCAGGAGUGUCUUUUUACAAUAUGCUCUGAUCUGGAAUCCAAAAGACCUGCCUUCGAUGAGGCCCAGACGAAUCUUGGAAUUCUCAGGUCCUGCUGUGAAGGCAUGGUCAGCAAAGUGCAUGAGCACUGUCCUGAUAUGAACAGGCAGCAGGCAGAGGUCCACAGGCUCAGGAGGCAUCAAGAACUUGUCAACAAGCAAGUGGAGGCCAGGUCUAAGAGUCUACAAAAAGCUAAGGUUGCUUUAAACAACUACAGCCGUUUGUAUAACAAGCUAAAGGAUUGGCUUUGCCAGCUACCCAACUAUGAGCCCCAGGACACAGACAAUGUCCAACAACUGGAUGCCAAGCUGAAAGAACAAAGAAAUCUGAUAGCUGAUAUUGCCAGGAAACAAUUGGACUUGCAAGAGGUUUUAAGAAAUGCAUGGCUGUACCACCAAGCUGUCGAGGACUAUGAAACUCAGGCACUUCAGUUGAAAACAUUCCUUGACCUUGAGGAUGGUCAGGUCAUGAAAAACAUAAAUAUGCUUGAAAGUAGAGCUCCCAGUCUCAAAAAUGAGGAAUCUACGUUAGAACAUAAAUUUCUGGAAGCUUCUGCCAUAAACAAACACAGACUUCAAGGCCUCGAGUAUGCACUAAAUCUAUUAAACCAGCAGAAUGUCCCAGAACAAAAAAGGACUCAAGAUGAAAUAUCUCUUAUGGAAGGCCAAAAACCACGAGGUAUCAUCAUGAGGAGAAAACUGGAGGACGAGAUCCAAAAAGUCCAACAGGAACUCUCUGAUGAGCAGAGGCUGAACUGGGACCUACAACAGGAGCGGGAACUGCUCAGUUUGAAAUGUUGUAGCCUGGAAACAGAGAAAAGGGAGGAAGGUGCAGCUGAAGAGAUACUCAGCAAUGGACAGGACAGGGAACAGGACGUCACCAAGGCUGUCAGUGAGGCAGGGUUUGAGAAAUCCUACAGAGAGCUGCUGGGACAAAUACGUGAAGAAACCACCAAGAGAAAACAGACUGAAGAAGAAGUGAAACUCCUUCAGGAGAAACUGAAGGGAUUAAAGAGCAACGAGGCCGCAGGAACCAUCGGCGAGACUGAGGAGGACAAAGACACAGAAGUGCAACAGCUAAGGAACAAAAUUCUAGACAAAGGCCUUGAAACAGAGAAGUGUAAUUUGGAAAUUCUUAAACUGAGAGAUGACAUUCAAACAUGUAAGGCUGCAACGCUUCUAGUGAGGACUGAAGAGAUUACAAAGGAAGUUAUUCAGAAUCACGAUGAUUCAGAUGCAAAGCAGGAGUUAGAAACUCUCCAGCAACAACUUUCUCAAGAAGAAAGCAGGUUUAUAGACUUGGAGAAAGAGAAGUUAGCUCUUCAGCUUCAGAAGACAUCCCUCCUACAGGCCCAGGAUAACGUCAACCAACAGGAAGUUGCUAAACUGAAGGAAGACCCACUUGUGAAGUCUGAGCGCUCCACCUUUCCUGAGAGCAUCACCAAUGGAACGAGACAAAGAGAAGCCCUUGGAGAUGACCUGUGUGAGAUCCAAGGUCAAAAAUCAGAUUCAGACAUUCAGCUGGAUGAGCUCGAGCGAGAACAAAAAGCCCGGAAGAGAGCCGAGAUGGAGGUGCAGAUGUUGCAAGAUCGGCUCAAUGACCUCGAAGUCAAGAACAAGGGAAAAGAUGAGAAAAUUUUCAAAGAAAACGUAGCCCUUCCACAGGACCCCCAAGAUGAACGGGAGAAUAUCCUCCUUAAGCGACAAAUUCAGGAAGAGCGUGACAAGCGAAUUCUGUUGGAGGAUAAGAUAAAAUCAUUACUGCGGCAGCAGGCAACACAGGGAAAUUUAGGCCCUUCUGAAGAAGGAAAGAGAGACACAGUGUUGGAGAUAGAGAAGCUGAAGAAAAGCUUAGAGGAGGAGAGGAAUCGGCACCAUGAGUUAAAUGACCAUCUGAGAGAUGUUAACCACAGACUAUCGGAUAUGGAAAAUAUGAAUGAAGACUUUAAUAAAGAGCUGGAAGAAAUUCACACUAUAAACAAUAAUUUAUAUCAGGAGAACCAAAGACUGAAGCAGGAAAUUGAGAGACGUGGCGGGGAGUAUCAGAUCACGCUAAACGAAAACAGAAGCAUAGCAAAUCUGCCUCAGUCACACAACGGGGAAAUGAUGGGGACACAGUUGGCCUCCCUCCAGCAGGAGCUAUCGAACCUCAAGGCCAUUGAGGACAAGAAAGACCAAGAAAUUGAGGAGCUGAAGAAAGAGUUAUCAGGGGUGAAAAUCAAGAAGGAACACAGGGAAAAUUAUCAUCGGCGGGCCAUUAGGAUCAUUGACCCAAACACACACCAGGAACUGAAGCCGGAAGAGGCGUACAGGUGGGGACUUAUAGACUGGACCAUGUCUGUUAAACUUCAAAGCCAGGAGUGCGACUGGGAGGAGAUCACGAUACGGGACCCGGAUGGAGAGUCAUCGGUCCUCCAUGACAAAAAGAUGGGCAAGUGGUACUCGGUGGAGGAGGCGCUGAACGCCGGUAGCAUAAACCCCGAACACGUUCAGCAGUACCAUGGUGACGAAAUGAGCAUUGAAGAGUUCGGAACCAUGAUUUCUGGCAGAAACAAAUGACAGCAAAUGCAGAAAAAAAUGAGUUUUUACCCUCACCAGGAAAACCGGUGGGUUGAUGAAAGCAAUAAAACCAUUCAAACACGAACGAACAUUUACACACACACACACACACACACACACACACACACACACACACACACACACGGCUCAAGCCUGGUGAUUUGAGGCUCAUCUCCUGCAUUGAUGAAGGGGCAUUUUCAAUGGCUCCAGUUGUAUAACUACAGCUAUCAAUUUGCUUUAGAUGAAACUGACACAAACCUUUAAAGCAAGUAAGCUUCAUUCAUAAGCAAGCUAACAGACCAGAACAUUAAAAAAAAAAGAAAACCAAUAUUCCCCUUGGAUCAGAACAUUGGUCGACAAUGCAUUUGGACAGAGCCAUUGAGUAGCCCACAAAACACUGUUUAGAUAUCGGAUCAACUGUGUUAAUUUCUUUGCAUUUAGCCACACGGUCACAGUGUGCUGCAGAGUUGAUGAGAAAGGAGAAGUAAUAUUACUGUUCAGCUGCCCCCCCCCCCCCCCAAAUUUGAUAUACCACUGUAUGGAACAAGCAAAUCAUCUUUUGUGGAUGUAGCACUCCUUGUAAAUUAGGCCAGAGCCCCCUGACUUAAAGGCUCAUAUGCAAUUCACAUUAUCUCACAUCACUCAGCUUAUCACAUCUCUUUUGUGGGAACUAUAAGAUUUGAAGAAGUGACUGAUGGAUACAGAAAAUGGACAGAUGAAAUUUUAAGACGGGGUGGAAGUGCACAACUUCCAAGGAUGAAAUUUACUUUCCCUCAAGGGACACAAAAAAUACCAGACCGAAAGCUUUUACAGGAAAAAAAAAAUCUUUAUUUUGCGAACAGUCUGCAUCUCGUAAAUGCAAAAAUUUGAAAUACAAAACAUUAAGCGCUUUAUAUACAAGUCGGACAGACCUCGUAUGCCUUGAAAUUUGAUCCCACUACAAACAAGUAUGAUAAAGAAUUAAGUGCAAUUUCACAUUGAUGUAGAGCAUUGGGUUGUUAUAUAUACAAACAUUCAAGUACAUGGCUCAAAAUUAAUCCCAUAACUCCUGAGCUUGAACAGUGUAGACAUUUUAAAAUUAGCUUACGACCACGUUUCGCUGUUCAAGGAAGUCAAAAUCAUCAUCGAUUAAGGCAGUGCAUCCAAACCCGGUUCUCGGGAACAAAAACGUGGCACCGUCUGCGGGUCCCCGAGAGCCGGAUCUAGAUGCACUGGAUUACGGGACCGGAGUCCUAAAGCUAAUACUAACACUGGCUGCAGUAGUCAAAUGAUAAUAGCUAGAAUCUCAACUGUGCAAAAACAUUUGCUAAAGAUGGCGACAAACCAAAAUAAAUUAAAUACCCAAGCAAAUUUAAAAAAGCUAUAGAAUAAACUCUUGCACUUUAUGACAGAAAGACAUCAGGUAAUAUUAAAUUAAUAUAAACCUAAAUCUGAAAUGUGAUCCCCUAAUUAUACUGGCAAAUAGCUCAACAUGUUCACGGUAGAAAGCGGAAUACUGUGGACUGGUAUUUACCCUCAAUAAGCAGGUUAGAUUACCCAGAGCGAGAAGUGUGGAAAAAACACUACAUAGCUAAGCAACACCACAAAUUAAGUACGUUGAAACUGAAGAGUGAUAAAAAGGUACUUAACCUAUAAGUUCUAUUAACACACUAAUUAAUUAUUAUGCUUCCAACCUAAGAUAAGUAAUCACAUGAAAUGUGUUAUACAUAAGAACUGUAGUUGGAGUAUUCAGAGUGUUAUGGGCCUUCAGAUGAUAAUCAUGGUCUCCAAUGAAAAAAGUCACUAUUUAGCACUAUGACCAAAGUUGCUUAAUGGGGAGGGAGAGAAAUAAAUACUUUAUUUCAAUAUAAA